ACGAAUUGUAUUUGACGCAAGCGCACUGUGGCCCGAAAUAGGGCCGAAAUAAGAACGGUUCUAAAGUGAAUCUGAUGUAUUUAUGUCAUAAAAAUGGUGAAAUCUGUGAAGUGGCGACUACAAAUUAGGAUAUUCGACGUGUCGAAUCAUGACCGAGGCAUCUGAAAAUGACUUGGUCCGCGUGCGAGCACAAGUAAUGUGCCGCGACGAAGGCACAGGGGGCUGGAUGGCGCUGGGUGGCGGUGGGCUGGCGGACGUGAUGGUGGGAAAACGACCUGCGCAUCAGCCAAGAGCUACAGGAACGGGCGACGGUAAUGGAGAGGCAACGUCAUCCUCGACGAGCGCUCCCACGCACGAGUAUUAUAUACACGGAAAGCGUAUCAGCGAUAAUAUGGUCGUUCUAGAGUGCACAAUCAAGAAGGACUUCCAGUACAACAAGGUGAUGCCGACGUUCCACCACUGGUUCACUGAUGAGAAGCGCUUCGGCUUGACGUUUCAGACAGCGGCUGACGCCAGGGCGUUCGACAAGGGCGUCAGGACCGCGGUCGAGGAACUCUUAGACGGAUUCCUGCACGGGCACGGUUUUGGCGGGGCGUGGCCAACGGUGCACACAUACAAAAAAUACAAAACAGAGCCCAAGGUAGAGGACGAGGAGAACAACAUUUUCGAGUGUCUCAACCUGCCCACGGACUCGUUGUCUAGCAGCGAGAACUCGACGGCGUCCCGCGCGCGCCGCCGCGACGACCUCAUCCAGACCCCCAUACUGUCCGCCAUCACGCUGCCGACGCAUGAUUCCAUGAAACAAUAUGAAGUGCAGUAUGAGGAUAAGCUGGGCCUGGACGAAGACCCGGAGCGCUGCCACUACGUGCACCUGUCCACUGUCCACGAGUACACGUACCCUCAAGUCGGUCCGGGCGGCAUCAUCAGCUCAGAGAAGUCAUCACCCAACACGAAACCGCCGCUGCUAAAGAGGGAUUCAGGUUCCAUAAAGAAAUGUUCGUACAGUGGUCCGCCUCCGCUGCCUGACAAGAAACCAGCUGAAACGUUCCAAGCGAGGCUCAAGUGCAAGCACUGUCACGAGUGGUACCUGGAGAGUGCUAACCGAGCUGGUUCAUGUGAAUAUGCUCCGGACUGCUGUAGGACUUUUGUCGAUAAGGUCUCCUGCAUCGCUUGUGCACAGUGCUUCGUGUAUCACUGCAUCUCAGAGCCGGAGGGGGAAAACGCGUCUCAACCCUGCGCCUGCGCACAACCGCACAGAGAAUGCGUUCUAAGGUGGCUCGGCAUCACACUCCUGAGCGUAUUGAUCCCGUGCCUGUGGUGCUACGUGCCGCUCAAGUGCUUCCACCGAGCAGCGCGCGCCGCACACGUGGCGGGCGGACAGCACGCGCCCGCACACACGCACGCACACGCCAACAUCCGCGCGCGGGACGCGUACAAGGCGACGCCGCUCAUCAAACGCGGCCCCCGUGACGUCAUCGACGCGCCGCCAACCCUCACAUGUGACGUCACAGAACCCGCCCGCAACCCGCCCGACCCAAUCGACUGUCAACGCCAGCGGGCGCAGCUGUUGAGGGAGAAUUGAAGUCUGCAGGACUACACCUUGGAGCGAGAGAGCGUCGACCUCAACGACAUAUGAGAAGAAAUUGUCCCCCUGGAGCUUUUGUGGAAGAGAAAUAGGCUCAUCGAUUUGUGAAAGUGUUUCGUGCGAUACAAAGUGUUUGUGACGUCGUCGACUUCAUUUUGUUGUAACCUGUCUGUUUAUAGUGAAAUAGUGUUUUGGUGUCAUGCCCGAUACUGACAGUAUCGGCAAGUCAUAAUGAAAAUGAAACACCCAUUAAAAAUGCCCAAGAAAGGACAGUUAAUUGAUUGCGGCAUUUGUGUGCCCGUGUAUUUGAUGAGGGCUGCAAUGAUAAAGUAUUUGAUCGGACGCUACUGGCGACAUCGUUGCUUUUAUGCAUCAGACAACGGGCAAGGUUAAUUUGUUUUUGACGCCACGUUUCCAUAUAAUAUACACCGUAAAGUUUAUGUGGCAAAAAUAAAGGUGAUCGAGCUAUGUGUAAACAAAAAAAAACAGGUUGUACUAAUUAUAUGUUUCCUUCUGAUUAAGUAAAGAAGACGUCGUUGCGCACGGAAUGGUAUUUAAUAGAUCUGUGUCAAACUAAUGAAUUUUAAAUGAGAUUUUUACAAUUAAUUAUAUAAUGUUCAUCAGGAUGCGUGAGAUGACAGCAAGAUCGUGUCGUGAUUCGAUCUCAGUGCUAAAAAAUAAUACUGCCAUAAUACUUAAAAUAUAUAUUUAAAGUAACGAAAAGAGAUAAACGCACUGAUGAAAUAAAAUGUAAAUCAAUUUUCAUAGUUGGGUACAUCACACAAUACGCACAUCCGCAUUUUCCUAGCUAUAUUAACCUGUCAUUCGUGUUAGUUUAGCUAAAUUAAUAUCAGAAUUUAAAUGUUAAGGAAAACAAUGUGACCGAAUAAUGUUGCCAGAAACGUAGGUCGAGCAAUUGUAUGCGAGUGUUUUUAAAGAUUACAAUGUUCGUUUUUAUGUAAUUGACAAAUGUUACUUCAAAAAAAGAAGAAGACAUGGAAUUAAAUGUAAAUAUGAAGCAAAGUAUAGCUGCACGGUCAGCAUUCUUUUGUUAAUUUUUUUAAGAUUCAUAUAAUUGCAUCUAAUGAUGCGUACAAGUGUUUAAAUAUUAACAUUAGUUGAAAACUAAUUUAUAUAAAUGUUAAAUUAUUACUAGUACGUAGCGACGAAAUUUUAAAAUAAUAAUUAUUAAAAUACUAAAAAACUUCCCGUAUCACACGUAACACGGUAAAAACAUUUGACCAAACGAUAAUAAUAAAAUUAAAUCUGAUUUAAAAAAAACGUAAUAGGUGUCUGUAUUCAAUAGAAGAGAAAUGGUGUGAAUAAGUGUGAUGAAAUUGAAGUUUAAUAUAAUAAUAAAAAAAUUACAUCAAUGUUUCAAGACUGUGUGACCAGUGGUGAAUGGACAAUUUUUGGGUGAUGACAACAUUGGCAUAGUGAUCGGACACUUGAGUGCUUAAUGUAAAUUAAAUAUUUAAAGAAGAAAAUACUUUUAACCAAUUAUUGAAUUGGGUUAUUUAUUAUAUUCUUGUCAAAGACUUUCGUAAUUAUCCGUGGUUAGACAUAAGACUUUUUCAGCCUGCAAUUUCUCGGCUAACUUGAAUAAGUUCAAGUGAAAUCUUAAGCUGAGUAAAUGCAUGGGAACCUUGUAAAAUUAAUAUAAAUGUCUUUAACAUUAAGUGUAUUCAAAUAACUGUGUUUUUUAUUUUAAUAAACUUAAUAAUUAAACUUCAAAGUUUAUGAAGUUAUCAACGUACAUCACGAUUUGUGCAUAAAUAAAAUUAGUAAUAAAUUUACUAAGAUUUUGUAUUAUAAUGAGGCUUCUUGAUAACUAAUCAUUGCGUACUACAUCCCACCGGCAUUAUUAUUAACAAUUUGACAGUCCCCUCUUAUAAAUUAUGUUGAGAUAAGACUUGAAUAAACAAAUCACUGUAUGAAAAAUCCAUAAAAUAUGUUGUCUCUCUCGCUGUAAUGUACACAGAACGAGACAGCAACGAUUGCUUAUCAACAUAAAUAGAAUUUAUCUACCAUUUUUUAAUUACGAUCAGAUUUUAAGUGCCAUUAAUUUAUCAAUAUUUAUAACUGAUAAUUUUCAUAAUUUUUAAGUCUUCCAUUACAAAUACACAAUCAAUACCCACCUCAAGUCUUAGGCUUAAAGAUCUGAUUUAUUUUAUUUAUAUUUUUAUUGCAACAUUAAGAUCUGAUUUUAUCUGUGGUUUUGUCUUUUGACAUGUGUCAAUGUAAUUUUUUUUUGUUUGUAACAUCUGCAUUUAUCUAGAUUACCUUAUUUAUUUACUAAUUAGAAAUGGUGUUACUUGUUUGUUAAUGAUUGCAUUCCAAUGAGAUUAUUAUUGUGCUAUUUAAAAAAAAUCAUUUUAAAACGCAAUUCCGAGUUUUAAAAUUGUAAAGUAAAAUUUGACAUAUCUCUGAAUUGUUUUUGCUUCAUGGCGAGACGAGGGUUGUCGCAGAUUAUAUUUUUACGAAAUUAAAGCUAGUAUUUCGUGACUUCUGACAAUUAACACGCUUGCUGUAUGUAUGUAUUGAAAAAAAAAAAAAAUCAUAGCUUGACAAGUCUAAACGUCAUAACAACUAGAGUUCCAUGAUUCAAAGUUACAACAAUCUUAAUUUGUAUUUAACUUUAUAGUUCUGAUACGGGUAAUAAUGUUACCUAUUUUUUGAUUGGUCGUUGUGUAAUUUUUAAUAAUAUUAAUAAUGUUUAAAGAAAAAAAUAACUUAUUGUAAUGUCACUUGUGAAUACAUAAUCGAUUUGUAGUUGUGCGUUUCCAUUAUUCGUUAUAAUGAGAUCAACAGCAAUUGAGGUUUAGUAAAAAUUAGUGAAUAUAGUAUUUUAAAAAAAAAGUGUUAAAAAUACACUUGUACAUGUUUAGUAGCGUGGUAAGAUCAUUGUAAAAUUUGUUUCAAAUUUAGGUGUCUUUGUACAGCGCUGUUACGAAAUUAUUGCUGCAGGUAAAUUGGAUAAUCACUGAAACGAUUGAAGAUGGUCUAACAGUUUUGCCAUUGCCGAUUUAAAAGUAGCUUGAUGUCGGCUUCACGACAAAUCAAUAGUCCCAUUAAUGGAGGUGAUAUUGAAUAAAAUCAAAGUCAAACAGCGCGGUGCAAAGACUCAUUAGAAGUCUAGUCGUAAAUUCAGUAUUGUAAUUU